AUGGCCGGCGAUGAUGAAACCCCUCCACCUCCCUCUAACACCUUCCAACCCGCCUAUGCCGUAAACAACAUCAAAAAUAUGAUUAGCAUCACCCUUGAUCAAGAAGAAGGGCAAUACGCCACUUGGGUAAAACUCUUCCAUAUUCAAGCUUGUGCGUACAAUGUUCUUGACCACAUCGAUGCCUCCGUUUAUCGACCCCCAAACAUUGAUGAUGCGACAUGGACAAGGUUGGAUGCAAUUGUGAAAGGUUGGGUUUAUAGCACUAUAUCCAAAGACCUUGUUCACACUAUCAUGAAGCAAGGUGCAACCGCUCUUGAAUUAUGGACCCGACUUGAAGAAGUUUUCCAUGACAACAAGCACACUAGGGCUGUGUAUUUAGAGGAGAAAUUCAACAAUACUCGACUUGAGAAUUUUGCUAAUAUGGCAGAUUAUUGCAAAGAGAUCAAGCUCUUAGCCGAUCAAUUAAGCAAUGUCGACAACCCGGUCUCCGAUAGAAAGAUGGUUCUUCAGAUGAUUUCUGGUUUGACAAAGGGGGAGUAUGAUAUGGUUGCUGCUCUAAUUUCCCAUACCGAACCAACCCCAAGUUUUAGCAAGGCUCGUUCUAUGUUCUUGCUAGAGGAAACUCGAAAAUCCAAACAAGAUGAGCAUGGUCAACAAGCACUCAUGGCUCAACAACCACCAACUGCCGCCACUGCACCGCCACCACCUCCACCGCAGCAGUCCGACAGCCAGCGUAGUGGGGCAGGCCAUGGUGGCCAGGGUCGUGGCAGGGGACAACACAAGAACGGUAAGGGACGGUGA